GCUCAUGUUUCACAGGCACGGGUGGUGCGGAAUGCCGUGUGUGAGGGGAGGAGGGAAGGAGGGGGACCGAAUGCCAUAGGAGGACCGAUUCAGUCAGCACCAUGCCUGGUCGGCUUGAUGGAGGCAAACCAGUAUGAUCGUAGUGGUAGUACGGUCGUACUAGGAUGAUCUCACAUACAUACGCGCUACUGAAUUUUCACAGGCACUACGCUAUAAUCGUACGCAAGAUUGACCUUUUUUAGACAGGGCAAAGUAUGCAGGGCCGACAAUGCGUGGAAGGCGUUAGGAGGGGAUAGCCCCAAGGGAUCGUUUCGUUUCGAGAGGAUCGUCGUCAUCCCACAUCUUUCGUGACUGGUUCUCCUGAAAUGCUCGAGGAGGUGCACUUUGAGAAUCCUCAAAUACACGUAUCAUACCACUUCUUUCGUGUCUGAUUCUUCUAAAAUGCUCGUAAUGCUGGAGAAUGGGGUUUACGUUCCUGUAACGGGGGAAUCUGGACGCGAAAUGAGAAGUGAACUACGCGGGGGGGGGAGAAAUCACAAAACGGCUGGGGAAACAGACUGCCGUGUCGCGGUGCGUACGUGGAGAAGUGAACUACGCAAAAGGGCUGCGGAAAAAGACUGCCGUAUCGUGCUGCAUGGAAGGAGUGCGGGAAUCGGGUGGCGCGCUGCACGCUUUCUGUGCUGCUCUCUGCUGGCGGCUUGCCACGUGGCCGCCCUCGUCACAGUCGGUCGAGCUGAAUCAGCUGAGGUGCAGCACGCAGGGCCGCUGCUAGGCCGAGUGGGCCAGCUGCAGCAGCAGCUGCACCACAAGCUGCCGCCCUCUGAUGGGGCAACCCAGCCACUGUCUUCAGAAUUGCAAGGCUCGGACCAAUUUGUGCUCUCAGAGGGAUCGGAUCAGCGAGGGCUUUUGCCAUCAGGCGGAUUGGAAAUGCGUGGUGGGGGGGGGAUGGGGCGAGGUGAGGAGAGGCACGGAUUGGACCAUGGAGGAAUUGUGCCGGAGGGGAUUGUCCCUGACGCCCUUGAUAACAGCAUUCCAGGAUGCAUUCGCAUGAGCCCUGAGCGCCUGCAGUUGCCUCUGGAGGCCCUUCCGCAAGCCAUCGACAGCAGUGAGCAGAAGAACGUCAUGCUCGCAUUCCGAGAGCGGACUGACAAGUUUGGCGACCGGAUUCAGUGCCACGGCCAGCCUUGCCCCGCCUUCGCCCCCUGCAGCCCCGCCUACCCCAACGUGGACGCCUGCUGGAACGAGGAGCUCGACGCCCCUGUGCUCGUGCCGGCCCGCGCGCCUCUCAACUGCCCGAAAACGUUCAGCUUGAAGCGGCCGCGGUUUCCAUGGCAGAACCUCGACAGGACGUGCUCGCACCGAAAGGACUUUAACCCCAGGGAGCCCUCGUCCAUGCAGAUGUUCCGUCUGCAUGACGUCAUGGUGUCCUACAAGGGCUUUGUCUUCAAUGCCUCUCACCGCUUUGUACAUGACGGCUGCAAGCGCUUCCACAGGUAUUCGUACCCCCGGGGCCAGAAGGUGCACCGCAUCAAGCUGGCAUUCGACUGGGGCUACACGCAGGGUGGCAACUUCUACCACUUCCUCGUGGAGGCCAUCCCCUCGUUCUUCCUGGCCGCCACUGCGAUUCCCAACCUCAGAAACAUCCCCAUCAUUGCAGAGCGCUUCCAGUGGGACCUGUACGACGCCAUCGGGCACAUCUUCAUCGGAGUGAAUCAAACGGACAUGAGAGCAGUCCAAGUAGGCGAAGGGGACCUUUUUCAUGCCGACACGAUGUAUGUGCCCAUGCUGCAGGAGUGUGGGGGCCCCAACAAGGCUCUCUGGAUGGAGCUGAGGAGACACCACCUGCUGCACCCGCGGGGCCUGCCUCUUUUCAAUCCAGACUUCUCCUACCACUGGCGCCGGCCGCUCUCCUACCAGCAGCUCACCCACCUGCCACCUGACUGGGUGGUCGUGCUGGCCCGCCGCCCCACUUUAAAGCGCUCCAUUACCAACUUUGAGGAGGUGAAGGAGGCCGUGCUGGCGAUGUUUCCCCCGGAGAGAGUUGUGGUUUUCAACGGCUCUCUGCAGCUGUUGGAAGCUCGCGCUUUGUUCCGCCGAGCUCGUCUCUUUGUGGGCGGCCAUGGGGCGGCGCUCUCCAACCUCAUCUUCAUGCCUGUCAAAUCGCACCUUCUGGAAAUACGACCUGACGAAUGCCCUGUCAAGUGUUACAAUAGUCUUGCCUAUGCAUGUUCUAUAAAAUACUAUCUACUGUUUAGCAAAGGAACGUGUAGCUCUACUGUUGUUGCUGAUGUUUCAAGACUAGUUAGAACGUUAAAGGCUAUAGCCACAUAUUUAAGGAGAGAGGACGACAGACUCGGAAGGGCUUGGGAGGAGCAUGCUUGACAAUAGAUUAUGUCAAACAUAUAUUGUAUGUUUUUGUAGACUAUAUAGGGUUGUGCCUUAGGGAGUACAACACAUUACGUUAUAUUCCCUUGUAUGUCUUGUU